UCACCCAUAAGUUCUCCGAGUCCGCUCGUUCACAUUUCUCUGCGUUGGCUUGUCUUGCAGAACUUAUAACGAAAGUCCCGGCUGUCGACGUUGACCUCACCGUUCCACGGUUUACCCCACCAAAAUGUCUCGUCAUGCUCUUCACUUCUUCCGUUCCGCAACAAGAGCUAGCCGCAGCGUACGCUCAUCAUGUGCGGCGUUUAGCAGACGUACCAUGGCUUCGACUGCCCCACAUGCACCUCAUGGCGAGUACGGAAGUGAUACGCCAUGGAUGAUUGGCUCGGCUUUGGCAUUUGGUCCCGUGAUGCUCUAUCUCUUGUCACCCUCUGCGCGUAAGACUGACCAUGCCCAUGCAUCGGAGCACAGUCACAGCGCACACCGGAGUGAUGCCAGUCAUCAUGCAGAGCCACAAACUGUUCCAGAAACACCGGCAUUGAAAGAUGAUGAGGGUACUGAGGUGUCUGGUGAGGAGAUCAAGAAGUCGAUGGAGCAGGCAUUCGACGUGGAUUCUCCGAAGGACGCUCAGGAGCAUGAGGAAGCUGUCGCUGAAGGAGAGCAGACUUCUGCAGAGUCGGACGACGCUGUGUCCCAGGAGACCGCAGAUUCUUCUACCUCUGAGGCUGAUUUGGCACCAUCUGAGGAGGAGACACGAGAGGUCGCACCAGAAGGUGCUCAACCUGAGUCUCCAGCAACUACUGACGCAGGCGAGGCUAGCCAGGAAGCUGUUGAGGAGAAGCAUUGAGUGAUACAAAAUCUAUCAUAGAGCUGCGUCUACUUAUUUAGUAUUUACCUAGCAAGUACGUGUUUGUGCGUCACCUUACCGCGCAACCGAGAG